AUGGAUAAUUCAUCUCCCGAAUGGUUUAAACGAAUUGCAAGUUCUCUCACGUCUUCUGAGUCUCCUUGCUAUCUGAAAGAGUUGAAAUUCACCAAGGCCUUCGAAGAACCGAUUUCAAACAAAUGGCCUACUAAUGAUAUCGACUGGACAGGUUUCACUGAUUCCUUCUCACCUUUUCUGCCACGAAAUACUGGAAUUGGUUGUCGAAGUUUCUCUGACAGUGUAUCCAUUCGUAAACCAGGCAAUGGAAGUCAAUUUAAAGUUCCAAAAUACGCCUAUCCUCCCUCCUUUUCUCUGAUUAGUUCUUGUCAGGCAAUCACUCUGUUCGACCAAGAGGAAAAGGGAUCCCCUUCUAUAGCUGAAUCCCUUAGUGAAGGCCAGACAUUGGAUAUUGAUGAGGAAAAAAGUUGUGAAGUAUUUGAUGACCAAUCCACGGUGGUUAUGAAUAAUGUGAUUCCCAAUUGGAUUAUGAGGUUACCUUCAAAAUCCGAAUCAUCAUCCUGGUUGAAUGGAGCUCAAUUUCCCUCAGGGAUAUUGCCACUAAUUGGGAAGAUUUGGUUGGUCACUGAAGAGGCCCAAGUGUAUUGGUCUCUUGCAACACGUUAUGAUUGUAAUCUGAAGUGGAAUAAGAUUGGAGGUCACUUUGCUCAAGUUGAGAGCAUUUCACUUUCUGGUGAAGGUGGAGGACAGGUGACCUGGGCUUUGGGACACAAUGGUACUCCCUGGGUUCUCCGUGAUGAUUGGACCGAUGGUGGGAAAAAAUGUUUUACUUAUUCAAGAAAGCGUUUUCCAUUCAAUACUCCCCAUGUCCAAACAGAUAUUCGGAAAUUGCGUGUUCAUGAAUUUCAGUCUAGACGUAUCAUUCGUGGAUAUUCUUCCAGGUUAGUUCUCCGUCUCUUGAAUUACUGCUGA